AUGAGCCAGGGCCAGCCUCGGAGGCCCAAGGGCGGGGAGGCCAUGCAGGCCGACCGGCCAAUCAAGUACGGCGACGUGUUCGACGUCUCCGGGGAGCUGGCGGCGCAGCCCGUGGCGCCGAGGGACGCGGCGAUGCUGCAGUCCACCGAGAACGAGGACGCGAGGAGCAAGCUGCCGGCGGACAAGGGGGCGACGAGGGAGGACGCGGAGAGGGUGGUGUCGGCGGAGAUGCGGAACAAGCUGGACCUGACGACCACGCCGGGCGGCGUGGCGGAGGCGGUGACCACGGCGGCGCGGCUCAACCAGGAGCGCCCGUAG